AUGUCUGUACAAUUCUCAGUUCAAUCCAUUGAAUAUCUGACUGAAAAAUUAAAUAAUGGUCGAUGUUUAUGUGAUGAACCUGUUGUUUAUCUAGCUUCAAAAAUCAGUCGAGUUAUUUUUAAUCUCUUAGAAGAUAGCUGUAAAUUUGUUAGAAAAUGUCGUCGCAACGAAAUGGUAACUGAUGAUUUUGCAUUUGCAUUAAAAUUAAAUCAUAUAAAACCUAUAUAUGGUUAUACAACAAAGAAUAUUGAUCGUUCUUCAUCGUUUCGUAAAAUAAAAAAAGACAAUCGAAUUUUAUAUCAUAUUGAUGAUAAUAUCGUCGCAUUAAAUGAUUCAAUAACAAGUCAAGUACUAGUACCUUUUGAUUUCAGCAUUCGUGCACAUUGGCUGGCAGUCAAUGGUCAACAACCUAUAACAAAUGAAAAUCCUAUUGUAGAUACAUCGAUUCGUUCAGUAUCACAGAAAAUUUUGAAUAAAUCACGCAAGCUGCUAUCCAUGGAACAACAAAUUUAUUAUAAAGAAUUGACCGAAAUGUGUAUUUGUUUAAAUGAAAAAAAACGACAACAAGCUUUAUUGAUUCUUUCAUCGGAUAAUAGUCUUCAACAAGUCGUUUCACGUGUGAUUAUUUUCAUAUCGGAAGGUGUACGUGUAAAUUUGUCGCCCACAUCGACCUUUGAUCGAUCCAUAAUAUUGAAUUUUCUACUGCACAUGUGUGAUGCAUUAUUACAGAAUGAAAACAUCUUUCUAGAAUCUUAUUUACAUUAUUUAUUGCCAGCUAUACUUUCUUGUUUACUCGAACGAAGAAUUUCACGUGAUCAUUGGUCAUUACGCGAUCUUGCAGGAAAAUGUUGUGCACAAAUGAUACGGAAAUUUUCUACUGCAGCAAAUCGUUUACAACAAAGGGCAGUUGAUAUUUUUUAUCGAAUUUUAAUAAGCAGCGAAGAAGAAUAUACUUGGCCAUCACAAUAUGGAGCAUUUAUUGGUCUUUGUGAAAUGAGUCAUAAAGUGAUUAUUCAAAUCAUUUUUCCACUUAUUAAACAAUUAGGUGAAAAAGUUCGAUUAAUAUCAGAUAGAGAAUUAUCACUUAAAAUGACUGAAGUUAUUGUUAAAUUUAUAACAAUAGCUUAUCGUUCAGUACAAAAUGACAAUGAAAGUAAUGAAAAAAAACUUUAUGAAGAUUUUGGCUUGUACUUUGCUCCUCUGAUUCAACGACAAUUGAUAUUAUUAUUGUAG